CCAAGGAUCUUCUCCCAAGCGUGAUGAGCUGAAAGAAAAGGUAUAUGAAGCAGCCCUAGGGGAUCUAUAUUUCUCUCAAGUUGAACCCGUGCUUCUCAUCCUUAACAAGCUGUAUCUUUCAUACACUUUACGUCUCAUUGUCACAAUGGCAGACACCGUUAACUCCAAGCCUGAUUCCUUCCACGACGAGGGUCUUGGGCAAAAGGAACCUAGUAUUAAGCUGGCCAAGGCUCAAACUGAUGAUCAUCCCAUCGAGGAUGAGCAGUUCAAGCAGACGUCUCGACGUAUCGUUCGUAAGCUGGACUUUACGUUGAUGCCGAUUAUCUGGCUUUUGUAUCUGUUCAACUAUCUCGACCGAACUGCUAUUGCUCAAGCCAAGCUGAAUGGGAUUGAGAAGGAUCUCAACCUUACCGGAGCCCAGUUCAGCACAGCCGUCUCAAUCCUCAACGUUGGAUACAUGGUCAUGCAAAUCCCCAGUAACAUGAUUCUCACUCGCGUUCGCCCUUCUAUCUACCUACCCAUCUGGGCCUGCGUCUGGUCUGCCGUUUCAGCCAGUACCGCCGCCGUCGAUAAUUUCGGUCAUCUCAUCACCGUUCGAUGUCUUCUCGCGUUCUCUGGUCUUAUCGCAGCUGGUGUCUUUUCGAACCUCGACCAGGUCCGAGGUCUCGCAGGUUGGAGGUGGCUUUACAUCAUCAUCGGAUCCGUCAACUUCAUGCUCGCCCUUUGCGCCCUCGUUCUGCUGCCCGACUUUCCCGAAUCUAAUACUGGAAGCCAGAAAUGGCUCUUCACAGAGGAGGAGCUUCGAGUUGCCAAUCAGCGAAUUGCCAUGGAUCGCAUUCCUCAAGAGAGCAAUCGCUCUGUUUGGUGGGGGUUCAAGCGAGCUGUGACCGACUACCGAACCUGGGUAUUCAUCUUUAUGCUUAUUUGCAACCAUGCCGCCUACGGCUUCAACUACUUCUACCCUUCCAUCGUCAGUGGCUUUGGUCUUGGUUCCCGCACCAUCACCCUCUUAUGUACAGCACCACCAUUCCUCAUUGGUGCCAUUGCAUCCCUGUUCAUCUCUUGGUCAAGCGACAAGAGAAACGAACGGUCCUAUCACAUCGCCAUCCCCAUGGGCAUUUCGGUAGUUGGCUUCGUCAUCUCCGUGUCAACACUCAACGGGCCCGCGCGAUACGUGGCAUCAUUCUUGUAUGUCACUGGCUGCUUCGCUGCCAAUGGUCUCGUGUACUCAUGGGCCGCGGGUGUUCUCAACCAGACACCCGAGAAGAAGGCGGUCGCGACAAGCAUGAUUAACGUUAUCGCACAGCUUGGCAACAUCAUGAGCCCGUACUUUUUCCGCGACCAAGACGAGCCUCGAUAUCUUAUGGCGAUGAUUUUGCUUAUUGUCUUUGCUACGCUUAGUGGCCUCACUUGUCUGUUUUUGAAGUGGGAUUUGACUAGAGCCAACAAGAAGAUUGUGGCUGAGGCCGAGGCCAAUGGUACCGAGGCCAGACUGUUCUCACACUAAGCGUUUGAGUUUGGUUAAUCUCAGCACGGAAUGCAGGCGGGAGUGACAUCGGGGAUUAAAGGGCUGGUUGAUGAAUGGCAGAUUUGUGAAGGGAGAAGGGUCAUCUAGC